AUGCAGCACAGUCUGGCGGCAUGGAGCGUCUCCGCUCCUGAAAUCACCAUUGCUCUCAACGCUAAGGGGACGCAGCUGAGGACAAAACCUUCCAAGUCCACCAUCCGACUCCGGAAUCGACUAGCCAACAAGAGCAGGUCAAAAGUGCCUCAACCUACGGACGUCUCCUCGCAAACAGACGUUCCUACGGCCUCGGAUUUAACUUUGUCCCCAUCGCCUACUGCUACAGCUACAGCGGACCUUCAAUCACGCGCACCGACGCCCACACCGAAACCAACGUUGGAGCCGGGUCCUUCAGACGGAGUCGACCCUUCGACGAAACCUCUCGACGGGCCUUCGGAGGAUCAGGCAACGCCCGUUCUUGAGCAGGACCUUCAAUCACAUGCACCGACGCCCACACUGAAACCAUCAUUGGAGCCGAGUCCUUCAGACGGAGUCGACCCUUCGACAAAACCUCUCGACGCGCCUUCGGAGGAUCAGGCAACGCCCGUUCUUGAGCAUGACAGUCCUCCUGCUUCUCAGCCAGGAUCACCUUCGACUACGCCCCUUCCCAGCCUGAGAAAUCCGUCCUCCACACGGUCCCCUUCCCCUACGUCUUCCGAUACAUCUUUAGGCGGCGACCGUAAGGCUUUACUCCAGUCACUGGCUGCACAGGCAGACAUUCUUCUAGAAGCAGUAGAGAAUUGGAGAAUCUCCGAAGAUGUCACCAAUCUACUCGACUCACGGCUGAAGGCAGCGUCAAAUUUGCUGAGGCAGCCGACUGGGUUCACAGCCAUGGUUAUCUACAUUCCCAAGAAAUAUUUGAAGCAGGUUGUUCUAUCCAUUGGCACGUUGGAAGACGCCAAAUUUUAG